CAUAAAUAAGCCAGCAGUUUCUUUCAUCUCUAAUACUGACGUAGGUGCAAACCUGGAAAAUUGUAAGGUGAAGUGAAAAUUGCAAAAAAAAGUGAAAAAAGAUAUAAUAUUUGGCAAAUAAUUGUGCAAUUUAAGUGCUGAUAAAUAUGAACAUGUAUAACGGACAGGUAAAUGGUUACAUGGGUAGUGCACCAACCGGUGGCAUGCCCAACAAUCGUAUGGGCGCUAGCGGCGGUGCUGGAAUGUUCCAGCGUAAUAGAUCGGCUCCAUACAUUCGCGGUGGACCCGGCGGAGGCGGUGCAGGUGGUUUCAAUGGAGGUCGCAUGAAUAUUGGCGGCCCAGGAGGACGCGACGGAGGAGGUUUCGGUGGUGGUCAGAACAAUAAUCGUACGUCCACCCAUGGCGCUCAUUUGCCAUCAAUAAUUUGGGCUGAGGUGUCGCUCACGCCGUUCCGCAAGAAUUUUUAUAAGCCUUGUGAAUCUGUGUUGGCUCGUACUCAAGGGGAAACAGAAAACUUCUUGAGCAGUAAUGAGAUAACUAUUAAAGGCAAUGAGGUACCUACUCCAAGUAUUGAGUUUGAAGAAGGUGGCUUUCCUGACUAUGUAAUGAAUGAGAUACGUAAACAGGGCUUUACCAAGCCCACGGCUAUUCAAGCGCAGGGUAUGCCCAUCGCUUUGAGCGGACGUGAUUUAGUGGCCGUGGCCCAAACUGGCUCGGGCAAAACAUUGGCCUAUGUACUCCCCGCUGUGGUUCACAUCAACAAUCAGCCGCGCUUGGAACGUGGUGAUGGUCCAAUCGCUUUGGUACUUGCACCCACACGAGAGUUGGCCCAGCAAAUCCAGCAGGUAGCCAGCGAGUUUGGGUCUAACACGCAAGUGCGCAACACUUGUAUUUUCGGCGGUGCCCCCAAGGGUCAGCAAGCUCGUGACUUGGAGCGAGGCGUGGAAAUUGUCAUUGCGACACCCGGACGCCUUAUUGAUUUCUUGGAGCGCGGAACCACUUCGCUAAAGCGCUGCACCUAUCUGGUGUUGGACGAGGCCGAUCGCAUGCUGGACAUGGGCUUUGAGCCACAAAUUCGUAAAAUUAUGCAACAGAUUCGCCCAGAUCGUCAGGUGCUCAUGUGGUCCGCAACUUGGCCCAAGGAGGUGCGUCAGUUGGCCGAGGAGUUUCUCAACAAUUACAUUCAGGUCAACAUUGGCUCCCUAUCGUUGAGCGCCAAUCACAAUAUACUCCAGAUUGUCGAUGUUUGUGAUGAGUCGGAAAAGAUUGUUAAGCUAAUACAGUUGCUAACCCAAAUCUCUGGCGAGAAUGAGACCAAGACCAUCAUAUUUGUGGAGACUAAGAAGCGUGUGGAUGAGAUAACACGCAAUAUAUCGCGUCAGGGUUGGCGUGCGUGUGCCAUUCACGGCGACAAGUCGCAGCAGGAACGCGACUUUGUACUAUCCAGUUUCCGCAAUGGACGCCACUCCAUACUGGUGGCCACCGAUGUGGCCGCUCGCGGAUUGGACGUUGACGAUGUCAAGUUUGUGAUCAAUUAUGAUUAUCCUUCGAACUCGGAGGAUUAUGUGCACCGAAUCGGGCGUACCGGACGUUCCAAUAAUACGGGCACUGCAUACACCCUGUUCACACACUCCAAUGCCAACAAGGCUAAUGAUUUGAUUCAGGUGCUACGCGAGGCCAAUCAGACCAUUAAUCCGAAGCUAAUGAACAUGGCUGCUAGUGGUGGCUAUCAGAAACGUGGUGGAAUGAACUAUCGCGGUAAUACUGGUGGAUAUCAGGGGCGUAAUUCUCAAAUGUCCGGUGCCGGAAACUAUCGCAACAACCAAAACGCCAACAGUAACAAUAUGAAUAGAAAUGGCAAUGGUAACAACGGCUACAAUCCAGCUGGUCCGCCGCGCUAUGAUCAGAAGGGAUCGCGUACUUCGCCGCCUGCUUCAGGCGUUGGUUAUCGUCCAUCGGGCGGUGGCUAUCAACAGCAGCAGCAACAGCAGCAGCAGCAGCAACAACAACAACAACAACCGUCACAGCAAUCCAAUGGAGUGCAGUUCUCACGUUUCAAUCCAAAUGCCGCUUGCUUUGAGCCCAAGACACAGGUCUCGGGUGUGCAGCAACAUCAGCAACCACAGCAUUUGGCCGCAGCUCAGGCAGCAGCAGCAGCUGCUGCUGGCUAUGGGUAUGGCAUCGAACAAAAACGCUCUCGCUUUGCUUUGAAUUUCAAUAUGCCGCCACCACCCAUUCCACACCAACAACAGCAACAGCAGCAACAGCAACAGCAGCAGCAGCAGCAACAACAGCAGCAGCAGUCGCAACAGCAACCACAACAGCCGCAACCACAGCAGUUGCCAGUUGGUGGAGCAGCUGCUUUGCCACCACAGGCUUACGGACAGUAUACGAGCAUGUCCACUAGCAUGGCCACAGUAUCCCUGAAUGGAGGUGCUCCCAGCAUAGCGGCUAGCGCCUAUCGAGCCCCAUAUGCAAUGCCGUACGUGAUGCCACCACCACCAUUACCCGUACAAAACUAAACUUAACAGUAACGCCAAAUUGUACGAGCUUAAAAAGGCUAGAUCCCUUAAGGAUCUAUCUUUCUUUUCGCUCGAAUAUAAUUUCCUUUCCAACACAAAAAAACUCACAUAAAAUCACACAGACAAACACAGACACCGACACUUCCACGUACAGACAAAAGAAAACGUGCACAUCAGCGUAUGAAACUUCGAGUAUAUUCACGUCUUAGACACCUUCUAAGGUCCCAGACUCGUAUAGAUCUCCUCCGCCCACACAUAUUAGCAGUAUAAUAUGGUUUAAACUGGAAUCAAAUACGCUUGCAGUUUGAUAAAUUCGCUUUUCGUUUACCUGUAAAAACACACAUGCACACUCAUCUACAAAUAAACACUUUCAUACACACAAACAGACUCACAAAACAUAUAGUUAUUAGGCAUUUGUUUUAGUCAGACAUUUGGGCAAUUCGGUUGCCAAUUGAUUUUUUGGCAUUUAGAUUUUAAUUGGCCCCAGCGUAUUUGAUUUCUGUAACUAUUCUCGAAUAAUCCUAUUCAAUCUUAAAAUGCAAAAUUUGUAAUUUGCAAUGCUCCAAGCGACACUGAAACAGAGACAAAAAAAUAUGAUAAUUUCUUAGAAUCAAAUGCGUAUUACAUCGUCUUAAACCAUAUUAUGUGACUAGUCUAAUUGCUUAGCUGAAACUUCACAACAAAUUUCACAAAACAAUAACAACAAGAACAAGAAAA